AUGGAACUGCUCUGGACGCCAUUGCUGCUGCUAUCUGCUUGCCUCUCUGAGGUCAUUGGCUCCCCAAGGAGAGAAGACAGCGCCAAUUUUUCCCGGCCUGUGCAUAUACUGGAGGAUCGUAACUUGAUGGUGCUGACUCCAGCAGGCUUCGCGCAGACACUGAAUGAGACCCGCUUCCUAAUGGUGAUUUUCCACAAUGCAUCCUUGAAGCAGUCCAGGAGGCUGACUCAAGAGCUGGGCAAUGCUGCAGAAAUCUUCGGCAAGGGCAAGAAUGGCUUGGGCUUUGGCAAAGUGGACAUAACUGUGGAGAUGGACCUUAAGCAGGAGUUUGGCAUCAAGCAGGCCCCAGAGUUGAAGCUGUUUUAUGAAGGCAACCGAUCAGAGCCCAUCAGCUGCAAGGAUGUGGAUGAAUCUACCGCUUUGGUGGUUUGGUUGAGAAGACAAAUUAGCAAGAAAGCACUUUUGUUCAACAGCAGUGAGGAAGUGGCAGCUUUUGUGAUGUCCAGGCCCUUGGUCAUUGUUGGCUUCUUCCAGGACUUAGAGGAAGAAGUAGCAGAAUUGUUUUAUGAUACAAUCAAGGACUUUCCAGAAAUAACGUUUGGAGCAAUACAAAUAAAAAAUUCCAUUGGGUGUUUUCAUGUGAUCCUUGACAGUGUCCUGGUGUUUAAAAAGGGAAAAAUCAUGAAACGUCAAGAGCUUAUUGAUGACAACACAAACAAAAAUUAUCUUAAUCAUAUCACAAAACAGCACCUCACAGAUCUUGUGAUUGAAUUCAACCCUGAGAGUAAGGAACUGAUUUAUGAACUGAACAUCUUGAAUCACAUGUUGCUCUUUAUCUCCAAAAACUCAGAGCCAUACAGCACCACAAUCCGGGAUUACAGACUGGUCUCAAAGGAAUUCCAGAACAAGAUCCUUUUUGUCCUUGUGAAUUCGGAUGAACCAAAAAACAAACGUGUCUUCGAGUACUUCUGGAUCUCAAGAGUCAAUGUCCCAUCUGUUCAAAUCCUGAACUUAAGCUCCAAUGCCAGGUACAAAAUGCCCACAGAUGACAUAAACUUUGAAAGUCUCAAGAAAUUCUGCCGCAGCUUUCUCAGCAAUACUGCCAAGAAACAUAAAUCCAGUGAAGAAAUUCCAGAGUAUUGGGACCAAGAGCCAGUUAAGAAGCUUGUGGGGAAGAACUUCAACGUGGUUGUCUUUGACAAGGCGAAGGACGUGUUUGUGAUGUUCUAUGCACCCUGGUCUGUGAAGUGCAGGGCACUAUUACCACUGAUGGAAGAGUUGGGCAUGAAGUAUCAAAACCACUCCACAGUCAUCAUUGCCAAGAUUGAUAUAACAGCAAAUGAUAUCCAGCUAUCGAAGCCAGAACAGUACCCAUUCUUCAGGCUUUUCCCUACUGACUCAGAAGAGGCUGUCAUGUAUAAAGGAGAGUAUACCAUGAAGGGCUUUUGUGACUUCCUGGAAAGCCAUGUCAAGAUUAGGGUUGAGGAGGAAGAUGAGCUAUUGUCCAUUGAUCAAAAUGAAGUGAUAGAGGAGGAAGUCUUUGCCGAGCUAGAGACGAAUCUCAUAGAGAAGUCGUUUGAGCAGCAGUCGCUCAAGCUGGCAGACACAACUAAACAAGACAGGCCAGCGAAAGAGUCACCUGUGCCAAGGAACAUAAGCAAGCCAGAAGAGCCAGGGAGCAGGAAGGAGACAGCUGAGAAAGAGGAGGUGGCAGCUCAGCUGAAUCAACUACCACAACCAGAGAAGAAACUGGAAGCCAAAGAAGAACUUUAGCUUCUCCAAAGGCAGGAAGGAAGGAGCCUGAUCCCAGGUCCUGACAUCAGUUUCUGAGAGAAUCUACUCUGACAAUGACACAUAUUAAGUGGUAGGGUGGGUGGGGGCUAUACAAUAAAGCCCAU